UCUGAUUUGGACCAAUCAGAAAAAACCACGAAAAGAGACGUACGAAAGAUUCAGAAAGAUGGAUUGUGGUUCUGUCAAAUAAUUAUUUUGUAUUGAAAUUGAAUUGUUGUGAAUUAGCCAUAAAGACUGCAGUAAUUACAUUAACUUUUAAUAAUGGACUACUUAGUGAAUAUCAACUGGAACAAAGUCACGCCAUGCCUUGUCUUAUUAGUGCUAGAACUAAUGUUAGAAUUUUCAGAAUGUGCGACGCCGGCGGAGGUUAACAAACACUUGGAGCUGGGCCGCGACUUCCUGGCGCGGGGGCAGCUCUCUGAUGCCCUGACACACUAUCACGCCGCCGUAGAAGGAGACCCACACAACUACCUCACAUACUUCAAACGCGGCACCGUGUACUAUGCACUAGGGAAAGCUAAGUUUGCUCUACAAGACUUCACUAAGGUAUUGGAGAUAAAGUCUGACUUCACAGCGGCACGCCUGCACAGAGCUAACGUAUACCUGAAGCUGGCACAGUACACAGAUGCCAAGGAGGAUUACCUACAAGUCACAUACGCGGAGCCUUACAACGAGGAAGCUAUAAGCCAGUACCACAAGAUCGACGAGUACAUCGAAGAGUUCCGGCUGGCGGAGGCGUACUACCGCGGCGGGGACUACCGCGCCGCCGCCGACGCCGCCACGCGCCUGCUCGACGUGUCGCCCUGGUCCGCGCAGCUCCGACAGCUCCGCGCUGAGUGCUAUAUAGCGCUGAACGACUUAUUCUCUGCGGUGUCAGACAUCCGCUCCGUGAAUCGGUUGCAACAGGACUCUACGGACGGGUACUACCGACUCGCCACACUUUUGUACAGACUCGGGCACGUCAGCGACGCGCUAAAGGAAAUCCGAGAAUGUCUGAAACUGGACCCGGAGCACAAGAAGUGCUUCCCGUUCUACAAGAAGGUGAAGAAGGUGGACAAGCUUCUGCUGGAGUGUGAGGAGCUCAGCGAGGCGAGAGACUACGCGGGUUGUGUGGCUGCUGCUAAUAAGGUGCUGAAGAUCGAGGAUGAAGUCACGUUAGUUGUGUUCGAGGCCAGGAAGUGGCUCUGCAGCUGUUUGUCUAAGGACGAGCAGCACACAGAAGCGCUGGCGGCGUGCGGGUCGGCGCUGGAGCUGCAGCGCGACGCGCGCGUGCUGUGCGACCGCGCUGACGCGCUGCUGGGGCUCGACAUGUUCGACGAUGCCAUCCAGUCGUUCAAGGAAGCGCUAGAGUUAGAGGAAGGACUGCAGCGAGCGAAGGACGGGCUGAGCCGAGCGCAGAAACUGCAGAAACAGUCCGAACAGAGGGACUACUACAAAAUAUUAGGAGUUAAGAGAUCAGCGAGCAAGCAGGAGGUGAUCAAGGCGUACCGCAAGGCGGCGCAGAAGUGGCACCCCGACAACUUCCAGGGCGAUGAGAAGAAACUCGCCGAGAAGAAGUUCAUCGACAUCGCCGCCGCUAAGGAGGUGCUGACAGACCCCGAGAAGCGCGCGAUGUUCGACGCGGGCUCGGACCCGCUGGACCCCGAGGCGGGCCGCGGCCAGCCCGGCGGACCCUUCCACAACCCCUUCCACCACUUCCAGCACGGCUCGCCCUUCCAGUUCAAGUUCCACUUCAACUAACACACCGACUGACUACACAACAACACACUCACCACGCUACUACACACACAGUAAGCUGUUCAUACAGACACAAUGCCAACUACGCCUCCACAGCCAUGUAAGACAGUACCUACUUUAAUAAAUACACUACAUAAUUAUGUCAUGCAACUUCACAAAAAAUAAACAAACAGAUGUGUGAAUACGCCAUCAUGUAAUUCGACUCCAAAGACAUCCCAUUUAUCUUGGUGAGUGUAAAAUGGCAACACUGAAUCAAAGUCUGUAAUGAACAGUUUACUGAGUGUGUAUAUACCUGUGCGAGUGCGAUGCCAUAUGUCGGCGACUAUCCAAGACUGCGACAGAACCUGUACAUUGCGUACUUCGUGAACCUAAUGUAACUGUGAUAUAAUAAUAAAUAUCAGUUGUUAUCAUUCACUACUCUUGUCUAAAUCAACUAGUUCUGUCGCCCACCGAAUUGUAAAUAUUGUGUAAUUUUAUAAAUCGAUCCUAGCUUACAAUACAUUGUGGGGUUUUAUAAAGAGGCUUUUUGUCAUUAUAAUGGGUAGAGCUAAGCGGUCGUAGUCUGGCUCCUACUUUACACAUUGUAAUGAUGACACGUGCUACUGCAAGCCAAUCACAAAAUUAAGCUCUAUACGAGAAAUAUCAUGAAUUUUUACUUCUUAGUUGGAACAAAUGUUUUUGUUCUUGUACUUUACUUUGAUCUCCAAAAUAAUUUGAAGAUUGUUAAAAUUAAUCAAAUCAACGAAGAUUGCCAGCUCAUUAAGCUAUGAAUUUGUAUGCUUUGAAAUAAUUUUAAUUGGCGAAAUCGCAUCAUUUGGAAUGUUUUCUUACUAAUGAUAUUAACACUACAAACCUAGCUAUAAAAUUUGUAAAAAUUGGUAUUCCUUCUACAUGAGCUAUAAAAUACAAUUUAGAAAAUAUUUCCGAGCCCGCGUGGUGUGUCUAUGUGUGAGAUGCGCUGACGCAGACACCAAGUGCCCUUCUCUGAACAGAGACAAUAUCAAUGCAGUUACAAUGUUAAGUUAAUUGUAUACGUUUGGUGUUGACAUGCCUGUGGUUCAACACAGUCAGCCUUGUCACUGCAGCAACUAAUAUGAAAUGUUCUACCUCGGGUUUUUCGCUGGUGUAUCAUAAUUGUCUGUAAUCAAUGGUAUCACUCAGCCGUGGCCAGUUGUACAUUUGUAUACAAUCACCUGCCAAUAUUUUGUCCAAAGUAGGUUCAGUGGUAAACCAAGACUUUAGCCAAUGUUGGUUCAAAUAAUAACGAAAUAUUCAAAUGUUUGAGAUACAAGGGUUUUUGCUUUACGCAUUAACAGUCGAUAAAUAAAUAUUUAUUUACUAAUAAGUUAUUUUGUUGUGAUUUCUUGUAACUUUGUAAAUAUUAUAGGAAUAAUAUAAGAUAGUGUAAAACGUU